CUCCUCCCUUCAUUUCACCCAAAAAUCAAUUUCUCUCUUUCUUCACUCUAACAACUCUACUCUCCCCAAUCCUUGAUCUCCCGUCUCACUCCUCAUCAAUGGCGGAGACAACCCUAACCAGAGAUCAAUACCUUUACCUAGCAAAACUCGCUGAACAAGCCGAACGUUACGAAGAAAUGGUUAAAUACAUGGACAAUCUCGUUGUUUCAUCUUCCGGAAAACUUUCCGUUGAAGAACGCAACCUACUUUCAGUUGCUUACAAAAAUGUUAUCGGAUCUCUACGUGCUGCGUGGAGAAUUGUGUCGUCGAUUGAGCAAAAGGAAGAAAGUCGUAAGAAUGAGGAUCAUGUUCCUUUGGUCAAAUCUUACCGUUCUAAAGUUGAAUCGGAACUUUCAUCUGUUUGUGCUUCUAUUUUUAAAUUGCUGGACUCACAUCUUCUUCCGUCUGCUUCGGGGACGGAAUCUAAAGUGUUCUAUUUGAAGAUGAAGGGAGAUUAUCAUCGUUAUUUGGCUGAGUUUUUGGUUGGUGAUGAGAGGAAAAAUGCUGCUGAAGAAACUAUGAUUGCUUAUAAAGCUGCUCAGGAUAUUGCUCUUCCUGAUCUUGCUCCCACACAUCCUAUCAGAUUGGGGCUGGCUCUGAAUUUUUCUGUUUUCUACUUUGAGAUACUUAAUUCAGCUGAAAAAGCCUGUAGCUUGGCAAAACAGGCCUUUGAGGAAGCAAUAGCUGAGCUGGAUACGCUGGGUGAAGAGUCCUACAAAGACAGCACCCUCAUAAUGCAACUCUUGCGGGACAAUCUCACUCUUUGGACAUCAGAUAUGCAGGACCAAAUGGACGAGGCAUAGAAAGGGUGAACUCACAACUGUGCUCCUUGAAGGAGGUGGGCUUGAAUGUCAUUAAUUUCCCGUCAUCUCAAGAAACAUUUAUGCACAAAACGUAUGUAAAUGAAAAUUUAAGAUUAUUAAACGGAAACUGUCUCGCAGGUAAAUGAUAGCAUCCAUUGUACUCUGCUUCUUAUUACAAGCAUGAUAAUUGUCUUGUCUAAUUGUAAUCUUCAACCUUAAUCUUAAAACCCUUUGAAUGCAUCUUUUCCUUUUAUGAUC